AUGAUGAGCGACUUCGUUAGCAACUGGAAGCUGGAGCAGUUUGUGCUCCAGAAGUGUCUCCCUCCAAUUUGGUCCCCGGGGUCCUUCCAGGGCCCGGAGGCGUACCAGCAGCUGUGCCAGCAGUGGGAGAGCUGGUCGGAGGAGAGCAAAAAACCCAAACCCACAAAUAAGUGCAAGAAGCGUGCGGCUUUGCAGGGUUUGCUGAUGGUGAGCAGGGAGUUGUCCAAAUUGCUCAAGGAGGCUCUUGAGAGCGUGCAGACGCUGGAGCAAGCCAAGGGCGAGCUCAAAAUGCAGGUGGACAACCUGCGGGCGGAGGUGCAGGGUCUGUGCGGGGACUCUCUGCGGAGCGCAGUGGAGAUCACCCGGCUGGAGAGCAAGCUGGGCUACGAGAAGCUGAAAACGGAGGAGCUGGAGAAGGAGGUUGGCAAGUGGAUCGGUGAGACCCACGAUGCUCAGAGCGCGGUGCGGGCAGUCCUGCAGGACGUCCAGCGGGACCGGGGCACCGGCCCCGAUCACAAGGUAUGCCACGCCAAGAUCCAGGAGCUGCAGGCUGAGCUGGGGGUGUCCAGGGGUAUUGUGGCUGCCAUCCAAGGCAAGAGGAGCCGGUUUGGGAAUGGUGAAGGGGAGGACUCCCUGGACCCGCACCCACCUCACUACGACUAUGAGGAUGAUGUGUGGGCUCAAAACAGUGGGGAAGAUGUUGGGGCCGUUCCGGCCGUUAACUGGCUGUCCAGGGCCCAGCGGCUGCCCAGGUGCCAGAAUGGCAACGCGGUGAGUGACCUGAUAGACCUGGUGAGAAAGUGCAUGAAACCAGAUGAUUUCUCAGCACUGCCAGGGGAUGUGCAGAUGGGCAACGUCCAGGACAUCGGGGAUGUCCAGUUAGCUGUGCUGAAGGUGUUCUUCCCAGAGGUCAAUCCCCUAGUGCUCUUCCACCAGGAGAAGCAAAACCCAGAGGAGCGUCCAGAUGCCUACGUUAACCGUAAGAAGAUGCUCUACCAGAUGGCUGGGCUGCCUGGCUCGAAGGAGUCCCCCCUUGAUUUUGACAGCCCUAAAUUCAAGGAGCCACUGGUGGGGGGGUUGACCCCGCAAUUGCGCGUGAUUGCUGGCGGGGAUGCGGCCAGGAAGCCACUGUCAGAGCUGGAGCAGAUCCUGACCCAGAAUUUUGAGCUGCAAAAGCAGGCGUUCCCGGGGUACAUGCUGGGGGGGAAGAAAGGGAAAACCUCGGCCAUGUCCUUCCAAAAUGCAGGGGUGAGAAAAAUGCAAGGAGACAACCGAAAAGAUCCCGAUGGCAAGGGAGGUUCAGGGAAGGAGAACCAGCAAGGGCUGAGGUUUCAGAAAUCCAACCCUUGGCGGUCUGAGCUGAGGAAGCGCUUGAUAAAAUACGAGAAGCAGGAGGAUAUUGAUGGCUUGCCGGAUGCGGAGGUCUUCCGAAAACUGGCCCUAGGCCAAAAAGCACAGCAGCUCCAACCCGAUUGACCCGGGCUCUAAGGCUCAGCAAUAGGGCUGCCAGGCACCCGCAUCGCCCCUUUUUGUGGCACCGAUUAAGACCGAUUUGUGGGGGCGCCUGAUAGUUGAUAUAACUAUUGGAGGAGGGGUGCUUGGACAAGUGAUGCUAAUCGAUACCGGUGCCUCUUAUUCAAUUCUGAAUAUGGUCCCUGGCGAAGCCGGGAUCUUCCAAACUUGUGAAAUUAUUGAAUUGACAGGGCCGAAUGGCCAAAAAUCCUCAGUGCCCUUCACAGGACCCAUACCCUUUGAAAUUGGGACUGCCAAAGGGUCUGAAAAAUUUGGGAAAAUGGAAAUAAAGGGAAAGGUGGGAAUUUUAGCCAUUUCCACGCUAACAAAGAUGGGGGUGGUGGUAGACUUGGCAAACCAAGCGCUGUUACACUGCC